CCGUCGACGAGGUUCCUUGUUUCGGAGUGUUUUGGAGUCCGCGUUAAUCUGCGGCGGGGGCGCACUCGCCACCUCUAUUUUAUUUUUUACUCAUUUCUGCUCAUUUAUUUUCUUAUUUUCAUUUGUAUCAACCGCGUGUGUAUUCUUAUAUAUAUUCAUACUCAUAUAUUUAGUGUUGUAUAUAAAUAUAUCAAUAUUUACUAUAUCUAUGUAGUUAUCUGCAUAAAUGUACAUAUCUAUGUCCAAACACAUAAAAUAGUGUUGGUUAUUUGAACGUUGGUAUCGGUAGUUGUCAGCUGUUUCCGUUUGUUAUAUUGUAUUGUUAAGAGCAUCAAGAGCAUUAAGAGCGUUAAGAGUUAUAUUACAUUGAGUAGUGAAAAAGGAAAAGGAACUACGUAAGAUAAUAAUUAUUAUUGUGGAUUCGCCUUUUGUUGAUUCCGCACCAGAGUCAACCAGAGUACUCGCGGACGAGGCGGGAGUACUGAGUAGUCACUGAGUAGUUGGCUUCAACUAGGGCUCACAUUACAAAGAGUCCAAUGACACUAAUUUCGGGUAUGUCAAAAAAGAUGGAAUUAAAAAAAAAAGUAAAUCUGGUAGUGUGACAUCUGGAUGAACGCUGGGCUUAACUGUCGUGGCUGUUGUGCUUCCAAAAUAAAAAAAAAAAAAAAAACAAAAAAAAAAAAAAACAAUAAUAAUAAUAAUAAUAAUAAUUUUCGACAAAUAAAAUGUGGACUCGGUAAUCUUUAAAUAAUUAUUGAAGAGGCUCGUUGUUUAAAAAGAACUAACUGAUUAAUUAAAAUGGAAAAUGAUUAAUGACAAUAACAAAUGAACUCUGAAAAUGAUUGUUAAUAAGUUAUUGUAAUAAAAGUUCACCGUGGGAUUUAAAUAAUUGUGAUAGAGAAUAAAUAAAUAAAAUAACUUUAGAUAAAAUAAAUAUUUUAAAAGUUUAAGUGUUGUGCCAUUUUACCAGUGGAACGUUAAGAGGAGGCUGCGGAUAAAACCAAGAUUUAUAGAUGGAAGGAAUCAAUAACGAAAAAACAAACGAGACUGAUGACUGUUUUAAUAAAAAAGAUGCGAUACUCGAGUGCGAUAGCGAUACGAAUAAAGUUAAAAAGGAAGAUAAUUUGAAUAGUGAUAAUGAUACGACAAAUAGAUUAAACGCAAUGUCGUCAACAAACGGUAACCAAGGAAAAAAGGAUUUAUCGCGUGAAGAAGACCCGGAGGAGGAUGAGGGUAAGGGCUCGGAUGAAGAAACGGAGAGUAAAGAGAAGACUGAAGUUGAGGAUAAUAAACGUGAUGAUGAAUCUUCAACAACAUCAACGUCAACUUCGGAUGAUGAGUCCGAGACAACUUCGGAGGAUAAAACUGAGCCUUCAGCAAAGCCUGAAGAGGCGCCUCCUCCCGCUGCCGAAAAUCCACAAGAAAAGACUGAAGAACCCGCGAAAAAUGAUGAUACCACGGAUGACAGUGAUAUUGAUGACGAUCUUGUAUCGACUAUAAAUUACAACACAAUUACCUCGCUCGCUGCGUUAAAAGAUAUGUUGCAGUGUUCUGGUGAAGACUCCGAUGGUGUCGACAGUUUUUUUCAUCAUUAUUUUUUGUCACAUGUUAAUCGUUUGCCAUCGAGAAAUCAAACUCACAGUCCUUAUCCCUGGGGCAGAAGACUUUCCGAGUGUCGUGAAGAAGAUGAAGAUGAGACUGAAGAAGGAAAAACGAAUGAAAUUGACAAAUCAAAUGAAAAGAAAGUGAUAACUCAAGAAUCACAAGAUAAAUCUGAAAGUUUAACAUCAAAAGUAUCUAGUCCAUCGUCGUCGGAAAAAUCAAGUUCAGAGAAAAUAGAUCUUAAGUCUAAUACAACAUCAAGUGUCUCGGAGUCGAGGCCGCCGCCUACUGCAUCAACAGGUUCUAGAUUUACUACAACAAUUGUUACGUCACCAACGGCUAAUAAACCUCUGUUACGACGAAGACAUACUUCUGGUCCUACUACAAUGACCUUUCCUGCAACAGAUCCGCCUAAUUAUUGCAACAGUAUGAUUUUUUCACGUACAAGUCCGUUGCCGAGUCCGCAUCUUGAUAAAAGAUUUUUUGAUUCAAGUUUGAUUGAAAUGAAAAGUCAAGCUAGCAGUUCUAGUACACUUGAUUAUGAUUCUGCUGAAGAAAUUUGGAUUAAAAGAGUUGAUUUUAUGCAGGAACGAAAGCGCCGAGAGUUGCGUUUAUCUCAGCCGUUGCCAGUCAAAAAAGAAGAGAAAGAGGAAGAAAAAAAAGUUGACGUUUCUAAUGAACAAGUUGAAGGCCUUCGGCCACGAGCAGGUACUUGGAGCCCGAAUUCAGAUAAGAAAAAAAAAGUACCAAAACCAGCGGUAAGCAGUGCACCAAAUUCCGGCAGAUCAACUCCAUUACCUCAUCACUCUAUUGCUGUUAAUACAUCAGCAUCUGCAUCAGCAGUUGCAUCAUCACGAAAACAACCAACAACAACACGUUCUUGCUCCACUAGCCGCAGUAAUAGCCGUAGUAAUAGCGUAGAUCGUCGAAGUGAAGAACUAAGUCCUACUAAACGUAAUACAUUUUUGGGUAAUUUUCGUUCGAGAAGCAAGUCUGAUUCUAGUAAAAGGAAGUCCAGUAUUAUUGCCACCGUCAGAGCGCAACUACAAUUGUAUAAAGGAGGAAGAGAAUCAGGUAGUGGUGGAUCUGGUGGGUCAGGUGGUGUGGGCGGUGGAGGUGAAAGUUCAACUGGAAGCUCUACAAGUGACGUUAAUCCAGAAAGAGAGCCACGAAGAAGUAGAAAAGAUGAACGUCGCGCUUCUGCUGAUUGUAUGAGAAAUCCUGUUUCUAGAGUAAUUGAUUUACUUAGACGUAGCAAAAGUCCAAAUACUGUUGAGGAUAGACGAAGAGGCAGAUCUCAGAAUCAUCAUUCACAUCAGUCGUCGCUGUCAUCGUCUGCAUCAACGUUACCUUCCACAUCAGGAUCACAAUUAGCUCACCAUGGUCAAGGUGCUAUUAGGCGAAGUUCUCUUGAAUCUGGUGACAGAAAUCCUAUAACUAUACCAGGAGCACGUCGCAGAACUCAUCAUUUCGAUCCAGCACACACUGCGAUACUUUUCCGCAACGCUCGAGGGCUCCCAGUUGCUGAUACUUUUACAAAAAGUCAACCAAAAUCUGAUUUAGAGAAAGAUGAAACGCAGAUUUACGUAAAGUUUUUUAAAUUUCACAAAUGUUAUGAUCUCAUACCUACGAGUGCAAAAUUGGUUAUAUUUGACACUAAACUUGCUGUUAAAAAAGCAUUUUUUGCUCUUGUUUACAAUGGUGUUAGAGCUGCGCCAUUGUGGGACAGUGCUAAACAACAAUUUGUUGGAAUGCUGACUAUAACUGAUUUUAUUAAAAUUCUUCAAAAGUAUUAUACUAGUCCUACGGUCACAAUGUACCAAUUGGAAGAACAUGAACUUAAUACUUGGAGAGAUGUUUUACACAAAGAAAUUCAUCCAUUGGUAACAAUUGGACCUGAUGCUUCUAUGUACGAUGCCAUUAAAUCAUUGAUUCAAAAUAGAAUCCACCGUUUGCCUGUGAUAGACCCGGAUACUGACAAUGUCCUUUAUAUAUUAACACACAAGAGGAUACUUAAAUUUUUAUUCCUCUAUAUUCAAGAGCUACCUAGACCUUCUUAUGUAGAUAAAACUAUUGAAGAAUUAAGAAUAGGGACUUACGAUAAUAUAGAAACAGCAACCGAAGAAACUAGCAUAAUUUUAGCUCUUAAAAAAUUUGUCGAAAGGCGAGUUUCGGCCUUACCUAUUCUUGAUUCUGAAGGAAAACUCGUUAAUAUUUAUUCUAAAUUCGAUGUAAUUAAUUUAGCUGCUAUGAAAACUUACGAUAAUUUGGAUGUUUCUUUAAAAGAAGCAACUCAGCAUCGAAGUGAUUGGUUUGAAGGAGUUCAUAAAUGUAAAUUAGAUGAUACUUUAUAUAUAGUUAUGGAAAAAAUAGUUAAAGCUGAAGUCCACAGGCUAGUAGUGACAGAUGAAAAUGAAAAAGUUAUUGGUAUAAUUUCAUUGUCUGAUAUAUUAUUAUAUCUCGUUCUAAGGCCAUGUGGUGAAGACGGUGGUACCAAUACCAAAGAUAUUUCAAUCUCAUUGCGGGCGCAAGACUCAAUGGCUUCGAGUUCUUUACAAUCAGAAACAGCCGUUGCCGAUUAUGAUAAUAAUGUUACUGCUGAUGAAGAUGAUGUGAUAGAAAUAGAAACAGCUGUCGAGGCUCAUACUGAAACAGAACCUAUUGAUGAGUCUCAGUCGGCGCUUGUUGAACAGCCACAAGAAUCGUCACGACGUGAAGUUGCAGUAUCCAGUGGUGAAUAAAUCAAGUUUUUUUUUUUUUUUUUUUUUUUUUUUUUUUUUUUUUUUUUCUAAAUAAAAAACUUAAUUGUAAUUGUCAUUUUAAUAAAAUAAAAAUAAUAAUUUUUUUACUUGCGUUUUUAAAAAUAUUAAUGUGUGUCACUGAUAUUCGAUUUAGUGUUUGUGCGGAGUAAUAUAUAUAUAUAUAUUCGGAAUGAAAUAAUAAAAUUAUAAAAAUACACAUCAUCCUCUCGGAUAUAAACGAACUGAUUAUAAUCGCUGCCUCAUAUGUUCAUACUUUAUUAUAAAUUACAAUUAAAUGAAAAUAAUAAAAGAAGCUUCAUUUUUUUUCAGAGGUACAAGCGAUAAUUACUGCAUAAAUAAAAUAAUUAUAUUGUUUGUAAGAAAAAAGAAUUGAAACGUUUUUAAAUUACAUCAAUAUAUAAAAAUCAUUUUAUCAACCUACUAAAUUACUAAAUCAAUGAAAUUUAUUUUUUACAAGUUAUAGAUUAAAUUUAAUUAAAUAAAGUAAUUUUAAA